GCAACAAGGAGAAGAAGCAGUGGCUAACAGACAGCAGAAGAAGAGAGAUGGCUCAGAGAAAAACCAGCGGAAGCAAACUGUUCAUGACAGUGUUGUGUGUGGUGACGAUGUGCAGAGCCGUCCCCAUCAGCGACCUGCUCGAGCGAGCCUCUCAACACUCUGACAAACUGCACUCGCUCAGCACAAUGCUGACCCAGGAGCUGGACUCUCAUUUCCCUCCUUUUGGCAGGGUGAGCAUGCCGCGUCCCUCGAUGUGCCACACCUCCGCUCUGCAGACGCCCAUAGACAAGGAACGCGCACUUCAAGUACCAGAGUCGGAUCUGUUGUCCCUGGCUCGCUCUUUGCUCCAAGCCUGGUCGGAUCCUCUCGUCAUCCUGUCCUCCUCCGCUAACAGCCUCCCUCACCCAGCCCAAAGCAGCAUAUCCAACAAGAUCCAAGAGAUACAGGAGUACUCCCAAAACCUCAAAGAUGGCCUGGAUAUACUAUCUAGCAAGAUGGGUCCAGCUGCUCAGACCAUCACUUCACUGCCCUACAGAGGAGGCACCGACCUCGGCCAGGACAGGAUAACCAAACUGAUCAACUUCAAUUUUCUGCUGUCCUGCCUCCGCCGGGACUCUCACAAGAUCGACAGUUUCCUGAAAGUCCUACGCUGCCGGGCAGCGAGGAUGCAACCUGAGAUGUGCUGAAGAGUGAGUGGAUAGCUUGACUCUGUGGGGGGAUUGUUCUGAAAGCUGGUGUUGCCUAUAGAAUAAGGAUAAGGACGAGUUAUAAGUUACAUAUACACAUGAAAACAUACUUUAUUGCUCCCUUUCUCCAUGUGUAUGGAAAAAUAAAGGCAACCUAAAGGAGAUUUGUGUCUCCUCCUGAAACAGGGAGUUUUUGCUUCUUUAGGGAAAUGUGUAAACCACUACACUAUGGAGCCUUCAAGCUAGAAGGGCAUUAUGUGGCAGCCUUAAUGAUGUACAUCCUAAAGGUUAACAUUUAAAUAGAGGAGGGGGAGCUGCAUGCUGUUGUCCAGCCUUGCUAAUGUGUCACUGUCUUUUGUGAUGGAGCACAUUCCCAUGUUUUUAGCUGGCUUGGCAUUAUGAACUGACCACACGGUGGUCACAAACUGAAGCACAAAUGUGUGUAAAACCUGUGACUCCUCCUCGUCCUUACCUUAUGUUGAAGCAGCAUCCCCACAAAGUCAAAAUACUAAAGCAGAAAAUCAUUGGUGAAUAAUGUUUUCUUCCUAACUCAUCUUAAACAGUUAGAAAC